AUCCUGGCGCGUGGGCUAGCUUCAGUCGGCGACGCGAGCGGGCAGCGGGGCGGCUGCGGAGCGGGCUGCGCCAUGGAGUUCCGGCUGGAGGCGCACCGCAUCGUCAGCAUCUCGCUGGGCAAGAUCUACAGCGCGCGGGGCCAGCGCGGCGGCCUCAAGCUGCACAAGAACCUGUUGGUGUCGCUGGUGCUGCGCAGCGCCCGCCGGGUCUACCUGGGCGAACCCGGCGGCGAGUGCGGUCUGCCGCCCCGCCCGNGCGGCUACCGCCCGUUGGGCUCGGAGGCGGCGGCGCGGGGGCGGGUGGAGUGCCCGGCCGAGUCCCCUCGGAAGCGGAGCGCAGUCGAGCGGGGCCAGGCGGCGGGCUCCCCGGGGAAGAAGCCGCGACGUGAGGCGGAGCCCUCCCCGCCGCAGGAGGACAUGGAGACCGGCAACGUGGCCAGCCUCAUCAGCAUCUUCGGCUCCAGCUUCUCGGGGCUGCUGGGCAAGGAGCGUGGCGCGGCGGAGGCGUCUGAGCCGGGGCAGGUCUGCUGCGAACAGCCGGUGUUGCGGAGCCUCAACCCCUGGAGCACGGCCAUCGUGGCCUUCUGAGCCCCGCCGCGGACUGGCCGCGCCGCGACACCGGCGGCAGAGGGCUGGGACUGGCUUCUUUCCAAGCAGGCAGGAAGCUCUGGGCGACUCUGGAGACGUUUGAGCCUUGCCCCGCUGCCCUGGGAACUGCCCUGGGCAGCAGCAGCACUUCACUUCUCCCUUCCUGCACACGGACAUGCCGCGAUCUCUUCCCCCUGAACUCUUUCCCACCUAGGGAUCUGCCUUUGCGACUCUUUGCCUUCCCAUGUGGCCCCUUUCCUGCCGGGAAUCCCCUUCCAGCUUUUAGCUGACUUCAUGUCUCCCAACCUCGAACAUUCUGCCCUCGGGGUGAAAUCUUCCAGAGGUUGUUUCCAUCCUAAACACUUGGAGCACUCCCCCAGAUAAUACUUAAAGUUAGGAAAGACUUGUGUUGAUUGGAAGCUUCUGUUUUGACAAGCUGGAAGUCGGAACUUUUACAUGGUGCUUUAAAAUGAGUAACGCGGUGAACAAAAAGUUUACAGACUGAUAGAAAGUCGAUGCGCCUUUUGGAGUAGGCUUGGUCACUCCUGGUCUUUGUUCUAUAAAGGCUUGGGGAUGUGCUGGGGCUCUUGUACAGUAUUCUCUCUUCCACUGAUGUAUUUUGUUUUUGUAUAAAUGUAAUUCUACGUGUAUAACACGUAUUAAAUAUUUUGCAACUGUUUAA